AUGUUUAUCUGCACGUACACGGGAGUAGGCCGUGUGAGCCACCUUCUCGCGCGGAUCUUCGGCGCAGGGGCGUGCGGGGAAAGGGGCGAGCGGGGGGAAGGGCAGACGGGGAAGGGCGAGGCGGGGGCAAGGGGUCGAGCGGGGGAAGAGGCGAGCGGGAGAGGGGCGAGCGGGAAGGGGGGCGAGCCGGGGGAAGGGCAAGACGGCGGGAAGGGCGAGACGGGAAAGGGG